ACGCGCCCGCCCGCGCGCACACUCGCAGUCUCCGUGAGAUGCCCGUUAGAUUCGGUGCGGCAUUGCAGUGUCGCGCGCGCAGGGCUCGCGGAUGAUAUCGACCCCACUCAUGCGUGGAUUCCCCGCUCGUCUCCUCGCGCACAAACGGAUCCGUGUACCGGAGACUCCCGCGCGGACCGCCGUGAUGGUGUCACGCGCACGGACGCGUCAGCCGUGCUUGUGAAGAUGAUGAAGAAGAUGAUGAUGAUGAUGAUGAUGGUGGUGGUGAGGACCGGAGCUCUCCUCCGGUUACCGGGGCUCGUGAUCAGACUCGCGGUGCUGAUGUUUGUCGCCGGGUCGAGCGGGAUGCCGCACGUGCUCAGAUUCGGAGGGAUCUUCGAGUCGAUCGAGAGCGGCCCAUCUGGACCAGAAGAACUGGCCUUUAAAUUCGCCCUGAACACCAUCAACAGGAACCGGACGCUUCUGCCCAACACGACGCUCACGUACGACAUCCAGAGAAUCAACGUCUUCGACAGUUUCGAGGCGUCCAGGAAAGCCUGCGAGCAGCUCUCCCUGGGCGUGGCUUCGAUCUUUGGCCCCUCCCACAGCUCGUCAGCCAAUGCGGUGCAGUCGAUCUCGAACGCUCUCGGUGUCCCUCACAUUCAGACCCGCUGGAAGCACCAGGUGUCGGAUAACAGGGACUCUUAUUAUGUCAGUCUGUAUCCCGACUUCUCCUCGCUCAGCCGGGCCAUCCUGGACCUCGUGCACUUCUUCAGGUGGAGGACCGUCACGGUGGUGUACGACGACAGCACGGGUCUCAUUCGUCUGCAGGAGCUCAUUAAAGCUCCUUCUCGUUUCAACAUCCGGCUGAAGAUCCGGCAACUCUCCGCCGACACCAAAGACGCCAAACCGCUCCUCAAAGACAUGAAGAAAGCCAAGGAGUUCCACGUCAUCUUCGACUGCAGUCACGAGAUGGCAGCCUGGAUCCUCAAGCAGGCUCUUUCAAUGGGGAUGGUGACAGAAUACUAUCAUUACAUCUUUACAACUCUGGAUCUGUUUGCUCUGGAUAUGGAGCCGUAUCGGUUCAGUGGAGUGAACAUGACGGGUUUCCGGAUCCUGAACACCGAGAGUCAACAGGUUUCGUCCAUCAUCGAGAAGUGGAGCAUGGAGAGACUACAGGCGCCGCCCAAACCAGACUCAGGCCUGCUGGACGGGUUCAUGACGACGGACGCUGCGCUCAUGUACGAUGCGGUUCACGUUGUCGCUGUGGCCGUCCAGCAGUCGUCUCAGAUCACGGUCAGUUCUCUUCAGUGUAACAGACACAAACCCUGGCGCUUCGGCGGGAGAUUCAUCAGCCUCAUCAAAGAGGCAUCAUGGGACGGACUAACGGGGCGAAUCCUCUUCAACAAAACCAACGGCUUGAGGACCGACUUCGACCUGGACGUGAUCAGCCUCAAAGAGAAUGGCCUCGAGAAGAUCGGGACGUGGGACCCUCCGCGUGGACUGAACAUGACAGAGAAUCACAAGAGUAAAAUCACCAACAUCACAGACUCGCUCGCCAACAAAUCACUGCGCGUGUCCACCAUACUGGAGGAGCCGUACGUGAUGUUCAAGAAGUCGGAUAAGCCGCUGUACGGUAACGACCGCUUCGAGGGCUUCUGUGUGGAUCUGCUGCGCGAGCUAGCGGCGAUCCUGGGCUUCCGCUACGAGAUCCGGCUGGUGGAGGACGGCAAGUACGGCGCCUUCGAGGAGAACACGGGCCAGUGGAACGGCAUGAUCCGCGAGCUCAUCGACCACAAAGCAGACCUGGCCGUGGCGCCGCUGACCAUCACGUACGUGCGAGAGAAGGUGAUUGACUUCUCCAAACCCUUCAUGACUCUGGGAAUCAGCAUCCUCUACCGCAAACCCAACGGCACCAACCCCGGCGUGUUCUCCUUCCUCAACCCCCUGUCCCCUGAUAUCUGGAUGUAUAUUCUUCUGGCUUGCUUGGGUGUCAGUUGUGUGCUGUUUGUCAUAGCCAGGUUCAGUCCGUACGAGUGGUAUAAUCCUCAUCCCUGCAAUCCCGACUCGGACGUGGUGGAGAACAACUUCACUCUCCUCAACAGCUUCUGGUUUGGUGUCGGAGCUCUCAUGCGUCAGGGAUCGGAGCUCAUGCCGAAGGCUCUCACACACACACACACACACACUCACUGUGGUCUCUCCUCAGGAUCGGAGCUCAUGCCGAAGGCUCUGUCCACCAGGAUCGUGGGAGGGAUCUGGUGGUUCUUCACGCUGAUCAUCAUCUCCUCGUACACGGCGAAUCUGGCGGCGUUCCUGACGGUGGAGCGAAUGGAGUCGCCCAUCGACUCGGCGGACGAUCUGGCCAAGCAGACCAAGAUCCUGUACGGCCUGGUGGAGGACGGCGCCACCAUGACCUUCUUCAAGAAAACCAAGAUCUCCACGUACGAUAAGAUGUGGGAGUUCAUGAAGAGUCGCAGUCAGUCUGUGAUCGUGAAGAGCGUGGAGGAGGGCAUCCAUCGAGUGCUGACGUCGGAUUACGCUUUCCUGAUGGAGUCGACGGCCAUCGAGUUCGUCACGCAGCGCAACUGCAACCUCACGCAGGUCGGAGGACUCAUCGACUCCAAGGCCUACGGCGUGGGAACUCCCAUGGGCUCCCCGUAUCGGGACCGCAUCACCAUCGCGAUCCUCCAGCUGCAGGAGGAGGGGAAGCUGCACAUGAUGAAGGAGAAGUGGUGGCGGGGCAACGGCUGUCCCGAGGAGGAGAGUAAAGAGGCCAGCGCUCUCGGCGUGCAGAACAUCGGGGGAAUCUUCAUCGUUCUGGCCGCCGGGCUCGUGCUGUCCGUGUUCGUGGCCGUCGGCGAGGUGCUCUACAAGUCCAGGCAGAACGCUCACAUUCAGAAGCGCUCGUUCUGCAGUGCGAUGGUGGAGGAGCUCAGGGUGUCUCUGAAAUGCCAGCGGCGGCGGAAACAAAAGCCUCAACCUCCCGCCAUCGUCAAAACAGAAGAGGUCAUUAACAUGCACACCUUUAACGACAGGAGGCUCCCGGGGAAAGAGACCAUGGCCUGAGAUCCCGCGGGAUCCUCCUGUAACUCUCGUCCCGACGACGGACACAAAGAUGUUUCCUGUGGAAAUCCGGAUACGCGAGCGACUCGGUGAUCGGUCUCUCUCUGUCCUGCGGCGUCCUGUGUUGCUUAUCUCUGUUUUCUCUGUGAAAGACAUGUAGGAUGCUGUGAAAUGAAGUAGAUGUUAAACGGAUCGGUUUUGAUGUGAGAGAAACGCUGCCUUCAAGAGCGCCGGAUGACGACAGACUCCCAGAACUUCUCCAAACGUUUAUUAGACGUUGUUAUUGGUAGGGACGCACGAUGUAUGGGUAUCGGCCGCAUAAGUAAAUGUAGCCGAUAUAUUAAAUCUGAUAAAUAAUGUAAUAUUUCCUUCAGCUGAGACGCUUCAGAUGCGCGGUUCAACAUGAUGGAUUUGAAUUGCACUUCAAAAAAGGAAAAUACAGUAAAGUCAUAUCGGCUACGGAACAUUAUAACAUUAUGAUUGUGUGUUUGGGACGUGGAUUUUAAUGGUGAGACUUUUGUUUUUGUAAUCAGGCUCUUAAAAAUUAAAUAAAAAUAUGGAUU